AUGCUGGUUGAUGGUAAAAAACUUGUUUUGGGGCGGGUGCAGUUUAAUGGACCACCGUUUAGUGAUCUGUCAGACUGUUUGUUCAGUUAUUUGCUUGCAGUUUUCAGAAGACAGUCAACAAUGUCGAGUGAAGAAAGCGAUAACGAAAAUUUACUAGCCAAAAAAAUGAAACGUUCUGGGGAAGUUUCAACGGAGGGUGACGAGCUCAAACGACCUUGCCUUGAAAAGGCGUCACAAGAUUCGGAUCCUGAAAACGAAGAACCACUUCCCAAGGAGAAAUCGCCAGAUUCAAGUGGGGAAACAGCAUCAGAGAAGGAAAGUUCAGUAACAGAGAAUAAGGGAAUUACUGAUGACGUAGAGGGAACUAAAGAGUGUUCAACGGAGAAGAAGGACUCGUCGAGCGAAAGCUUGUCAUCGUACGAAAACUUUUAUGCUUUUGUGCGAUUUGAAACGACGCUAAGAAGCUUUCGAAGACUUAGUUUAAGGGUAGACAGUGAGUAUCACCGUCUGCCGUUGUGCAAAAGCUGUUGGCUUUCUGUGUCACUCCAGAUCGACCAGGACGACUCUCCAAAAAACGAAAAAAAGUCAACCGGGCAGUCUAAAACUGUUCGAAAAACAGGUGAGGAAUCGUCUCGGUUCAAAAGAAUGAGAAGGCUUGCAGCCGUUGCUGGUCUUCGGUUCAAAUACAAGCAGCUUGAAGGAAUUAAAAGUGAAUCGAAGAAGUAUCGCAUAUUAAAGGACUUUAUGAUAGAACAUGGUGUAACAAAGUUUUCUUUGAAAGCUUGUAAAGAAUACCGUUUAAAGAAGGAAGAGGAAGCUGAAGUAGCUGAGUUAAUGAAGAACGAAAUUAUUGAUGCUGAAUCAACAAAACGGGUGACCAGAGGAAGCCGACGACAAAUGGAGUCUGAAGGAAAACCUCGGAGAGCUUUUCUUGAAACAUUUUCAUCUAGCAGUGAUUCAGAAAGGGAGAAAAUGAUUGAAGAAAAUGGUCAGGUUUUCUCGCGUCUAAAAGGCAUUGUUUCCGACGACUCAAAAUCGUGCCUUUUUAUUAAUAUAAGAAGGAACAUAUUUUGUUUAAAAUUCAGCCGUGCCGAAAAUUUCUGUUAUGUCAUAUUAGAAUUGUCACAUGUGGAUAAAACUACAACCACAAAGUUUAGUGUGAUAGCUUAUCUGCCUGCUUGUAUGUACGUCGAUCAUAAUAGGUAA